AAAUAAACUAACCUCGAAUUUUUGUUUGCUUUUUUUAAAAAAACAAUUAAAUAUGUCGUUGGAAGAAGACUCCGAAUUACGGGAUUUAGUUGUUAAAUCAUUAGAAUCUAAUGGUAUUCUAGCCAAAUUGAAGGCACAAUUACGAGCGAGUAUAUUUAUCGCCUUAGAAGAGGAAAAUUCUAUUCAGGAUAAAAUUCCAUACACUAAUAAUAAAUUAAAAAAUUUCCUCGAACAUAAACAAGGAAAACUAUUAUUUUUAUUAAUUAAGGACACAUUAGAAUAUUUUGAUUUAGAUUAUACAAAAUCUGUAUUUGAUGCAGAAACACGUUUAAAUGAUUCAUCACUUGAUCAUUCAGACAUAUCAAAAGAAUUUAACAUCGAAACAACGACCAAUGAACCAUUAUUUAAAAUUGUAUCAAGUUCACCGACUGUAUCAGAUAAAUUAGAUAAAGUAAAACCGUUUAGUAGUUUAUCAUCGUUAGGAGAUUUACCACCUUUAAAUAUUAAUAAAAAUCGUAAUGAUCCGAUAUUAUUACCAUCAUUAUAUUCAAAAGAACGAAAAUAUAGUUCAGAUUCACAAAGUUGUGAUGAAAGUAUUGAUAUGGAUAAUAUUAAGAGUCAUAGUUCUUGA